GAUAGUUUUUUCCACUAAGUAAUACAUUUCCUUGGCUUUGUUUUUGGAUAGAAGUAAUUUAUCACGAACAGGACCCCUGUCUGUCCACGGACAAUGAUGGUAACCAAUAGUCCUCUUUAUCAUCAUAUUUUAUCCAGUGAAAAUGGGACAUUGGAUGAUGAGCCAGUUACUGAUACACCAUAUGACUAUUAUGACUACUACGCUGGAUAUGUUGAUUUGUCUGGAUUUUCCUGUGUUUAUGAAGAUCAUGGAGCUAGCAUUCUUCCUGUGCUAUACUCCCUGUUUUUUGUGAUGGGCCUUCUGAGUAACAUAAUGGUGAUCUGGGUGGUUUUGAUGGGUGUGAAGCUGAGAAGUAUGACUGACAUCUGUCUUCUGAACCUGGCUUUAGCUGACAUGCUCUUGGUCUGCUCCCUCCCCUUCCUGGCACACUAUGCCAGAGACCAGUGGAUUUUUGGAGAUGUUAUGUGCACUAUGGUCCUCAGUGUCUACCACAUUGGAUUCUAUAGUGGAAUAUUCUUUAUCGUACUGAUGAGUGUUGAUCGGUACUUAGCUGUAGUUCAUGCUGUGAUUGCCCUGAGAGUCAGAACAAGGACAUAUGGGAUCUCAGCAAGUGUGGUCACAUGGAUUGUUGCUGUUUCUGCAUCCUUUCCCGAAUUGAUGCACCUAAAAACCACAGAAAACAAUGAACACAAAUAUUGCAUAUCUUACCCAACAAAUGAUCAAAAUUCUUACCUUUCUUCAAGGACUUUUGGUAUAUUGAAAAUGAAUGUUUUGGGUUUAAUUCUACCUCUUAUUGUGAUUGGAUUUUGUUACUCAAUGAUUUUAAAGAGACUCCUGACAGCUCACUCUACCAGGAGGCAGUCCAUGCUCCUUGUCAUCAUGGUGAUGGUGGUCUUCUUAUGCUGUUGGGCUCCAUACAAUAUCACAGCUUUUGUGAAAGCCUUAGAACUGAAUGAGCUCAUAACUCAAUCUUGUGACAGCAGUAAGGCAAUCAAUCUAAGUCUGCAAAUCACAGAAGCUUUGGCUUAUUCACACAGUUGCCUGAACCCCAUUUUCUAUGUGUUUGUGAGAGAGAAAUUUAGAAGGCAUCUUUUCAAACUCCUGUACAGGACACCUUGGACUGGACUGCCAUUUGUAAAGAAAUACAUUACACAGGCCACUGUAUCUGUUUAUUCACAUGGCACCAAUGAUGAGAGAACUAGUACAACAGUUUAAAUUGGGAAAAUACAGUCAAAAAUAAUUUUUUAAAGCAGGGCAGUCCUGCAACUGUGCAACUGGUGCGCCCAAAACAUAAUUUCGUAUAAUGCAUAUAGGCGGGGGGCCAAUAUGGCGUCUUGCUGAGUAGAUCUGUUGUUUGCACCUGUUCUAGUUAAGGAUUUUUUUGGUCAACGGGUCGUUAUUUUGCCCCUAUGGCGGAUGAUUUUAUUCGUUAAAAACUGCAAAACAAAAGCUAGAUCCCGCCUUUGACUUUAAUGGGCAAAAAACAAGUUAAUAGGAACCUGCGUGCCGCGUGGAACUUGGACAGUCUGAUGUCUUAUGAAUCUCUUGAACAAAACAUGGAUAUCUCCGUGCCUGAAUCCGGAGAAAACCUCCCUAAGAUCACAAGAUAAGUUUGAAAAGGAUUUUGACGGAUGUGCUACACCCAGCAAAAGUCCUCCUGGAAAAAAAAAAAAAGCUGAUAGUGCUGUAUCGCUUACCGAGAUAUUCAACGCGAUUCAGUCCCUGAACUCCAAGCAAGAUGCGGUUUUUCAAAAGAUGACUCACAUCGAGAACUCCAUUGAGAUCACAACUGCGGCUGUUAACUCUUUAUCUAAAACCGUCAAUCGACUCCUUUCAGAUGUUGCCACUCACGGCGAAAGGAUCGGUAAGGCCGAAACUUCGAUACAACACAUGCAACAGGAGAAUGUAUCUCUCAAGUCUAGAGUCGAAGAGCUAGAAAUGUACAGCUGCAGAUGGUGUUUGAAAUUGCUUGGAGUGAAAGAACGUGACGAAGAAAAUGUCCGAACGAUCAGCGUCAAUCAUCUUGCCAGGUUGGUCCCGCGAAUCAAAGAUAAGCUGGAGGAGGAUGUGGAUGUGGUCCAUCGUGUAGGCAAACAACGACCAGAUGGCUCGCCGCGACACAUCAUCAUAAGAUUCGCCACACGGAGGUACCGCGACAUCUUUGGGUGGAAGCUAAGAAUUCUCUCUAUCUGAGAGAGCACACUCUCUAUGUCAAGGAAUCUCUCUCCAAAGCGGACAUUGACAGUCGGAAUAAACUUUGGCCCCUUGUCCUGGCGGCACGGAAGGAGGGAAAGAAGGCCGGCUUCAGCAGUCCCUUUGCUGUUAUCAAUAACAAGAGAAUCGCUGCCAAUUAAGCACAGCAUCCGUAAACUGACUACAGUUUUCGGGUCAGGUUCAAUUAAUUUCUUUCUGCACGUUUGCCCAGUUAUAUCGUUUACUUUCUUCUAAGGGCUUUUUGACCUUAAAAUACUACUAAUUCCCGGAUCCUUCUUAAGGGAAACAGCUUUAGUUACAGAACUUUCAAGUUAAGUGU